UAAACGUCAAAAAUACAGCUUGCCAGCAGAAGAAAAAAAAAUCUCAAGCGCAUUCGUGUCGCAGAAAUCGCCAAUAAAUUGCAUUUUGAGUCCUCCUAAGCGGUUCUUUCCGGGCUCACGAUGGCCAACGCGGACACGAUCCAGGUCAGCUCGCUGCCGCUGCCACCGGCGCAAUACAUCAACCUGUACACGGACGAAAACAUCCGGAAGAAUCGGGCCCCGAAACCGCCACCCCCGAUCCAGGACUCGUACACCAUGUUCGGGAAUCCGUUCAGCAACGACGACAACAUUAUCCGGCCGCUGGAGGCGCAGGGCUUCAAGCGGCUCUACCCGCAGCACUUUGACCGGCGGAAGGAGCUAAAGAAGCUGAACCAUUCGUUGCUGGUCAACUUUCUGGAUCUGAUCGAUUUACUCGUGCACUAUCCGGAUAGUCCGCGGAGAGCCGAGAAGAUCGAAGACCUGAGUCUUCUGUUCGUCCACAUCCACCAUCUGCUGAACGAAUUCCGUCCGCACCAGGCGCGGGAAACGUUGCGAGUCAUGAUGGAGUUGCAGAAGCGCCAACGAAUAGAAACCACCCAGCGCUUCCAGAACCACUUGGAGAAGGUGCGCGAGAUGGUGAAGGCGGCGUUCGCGUCGCUGCCUGAUUUGACCGAAGCGGACUUGAGCAGCGCGGCCGAACCGAUGGACACGGGCGACGAGAGCGAGACCGGCAAGGGUCGCGGCGAAGGGUGCCAUCCGCUAGACCGGCUCAUGUGCGAGCUGGUGGACAACAUGUAGACAGUGCAGUGCUUCGUUUUUUCCAUUCUCUCGACGGCUCAUUUACGGAUAAAAUUCUUAUCCUUCUGGGCCCGGAUUCGCUUGCAACAAUUAAUUAUAUUAAUAUUCUGAUACUGGCGCCUUCGUGGCGCGGAUAAGAAAGAAUAAAUUAUUAUUGGUAGUAAAUAACCA